UAGCUACAAAACCGGUGGUCUCAGCACACUUGGGAGUCGUCCUUUCAGUCACUCCAUUCAAGUCCAGAUCCACCACGUCCAAUUCUGCAAGAGCAAGGAAUCGAAAAAGGCAACCUGUAGCUGCGCUGCCAUGGCUUCUGUAGCAUUGUACCUCUCUUUCUUCAACGGCAUGUUGCGAACCUUCUUCAACAUCUGGUUCGCGCGUCUCUACCCGCCUCAGAAGCCACCACAGCGAGACCUCAGCGGGCAGACAGCCAUUGUCACGGGCGCCAACAGCGGAAUCGGCCUGUUCAUUGCUCUCAGACUGGCAAAGCAAGGCGCCACCGUGUGUCUGGCAUGCCGGAAUCAAGAACGAGGAGACGCAGCGGUGUCGUUUAUCGAGUCUCAGCUGCGCAACGAUGCGGGCAAGCCCGUGAAUAGCGACAAGACGGCCACAAAAACCGGACAGGUGUUCUGCUGGAAAGUCGACAUGGGCGAUAUGAACAGCGUGCGCGCAUUCUGCGAAAAAUGGCUUGCUCGCGAUAGCAGCAGCAGCAAUACUAUCGACAUGCUCGUGCACAACGCUGGCAUUCCAGACAUCCCCACAGGGACCCGGCGCCUCAACGACAAAGGCCUCGACACCGUCUACGCAACAAACGUCCUCGGCAGCUUCCUCAUGACGCACCUCCUCGAGCACAGUCUCGCAUCCAACGCCCGCAUCGUCUUCACCAGCAGCGGCGGCCACUACGCCGCACACUCCCUACUUUUCUCCGCGCGGCCGCCGCAACCAGGCAGUCCUCCACCAGGCAGCGCAGCAUUACCGCGUCUCGUACACACAGCCAAGCAAGCGCUGGGCCUGCGCCAAAGCGCCGUACCCAUCUACUCACAAACAAAAGCGCACCAAGUCCUUCUAGCAGCUCUUCUCCAAACCCACUUCUCCGCAUCAUCACCGGAUUCCAAACGCACCGCCCAUGCCUUCUCCCCGGGCUUCACCGCAAGCGCCAUCUUCUCCAAGGUCAACAUGACCUGGCGCACAUGGCUCACGGAUCCCAUCUACGCCGUCCUCAAAGCCACCGAGAAGCUCGUUGCCACACAGACGGAUGAGGGCGCUAAGACGGGGGCUUGGCUUGCGGCUUACGGCGGGGACCAGAGUAUUCCUGGUGGUGGGUACUGGGAGAAUAUGGCGAGACGGUUUAGUCUGGUGGAUUUUGUAAAGGGGGAAUUGGGGGACGACGAGUUUAAAAGGAGGGCGAGCGCUGUGUGGAGGGUCUGGGAGCAGGAUUGUGGAAGCGCGUGGGAUGUGCGGAUUUGA